AUGAGUAUUGGAAAACUUCCAGGGAUUAAGGGCCUAGUGUCUGGCUCCCAGGAAAGGCGUCGCUUCAAGAGCGAGCUCUCUGUGGACAUGAUCAGCCCGCCGAUGGGCGACUUCCGACACACGAUGCACGUCGGCCGUGGGGGAGAUGUCUUUGGUGACACAUCAUUCCUGAGCAACUACGGAGGAGUCAGAGAGCCUGGGAGCCCCGACUCGGCAAACAGCUCCAAGUCGACGGGCUUCCUCACACGCACCUUCAGACACAUUCGGAAGAAUUCUGGGCCACGAGGAGAACCGCGGGACUGUUCCUCGCCACCGCCGGACAUCUCACCCAUCAUCAAGAAUGCCGUCUCUCUGCCUCAACUCAACAUUGACACUUCCAAUGGGUGCCUGCAGAGAGUGAUGCUCCCAAAUUCUAUCAGCUCAACAGAUAGCGCCAUCUGCACAUAUGGUAUCCAGUCCGGAUUCGCCACUCUGCCGCGCUUUUCUCGCCUUGACAGACCAUUUCUCGACGGAGAACUCAGAGUGUCUCAACGAAAGACCGUGACCCGUUCAGACUCCUUCACCUCCUUCACUCUGGACCUCGGCCCCUCUCUGAUGAGCGAGAUUCUGGGCUUGUUUGACAACCCCGGCUCCCUCCGGGUGGCCAGCCAGGUCACCGCAGCUGAGGAGGAAGAGAAAAACAAUGCUGAUGAUGAGGAGGAUGACAGAUCUCAAACAGAGACAUUUGUGAGCCCCGCCGCGAGUUCGACAAACUCCUCCGUGCGCAGCGUGUCAUCGAGAAGGAACGUGAACAGUAAGGAGCAUUCUUGUAGCAGCAGCUGGACAGAGGAGGACAGGAGGUCAGUUGCUGCGUCCUCCAAAUCUCCUCCGAGGUCUCCUCCCAAACAGGAACCUGCCAUGGAGUCGGAGCGCUUCCAGAGGGCAGCUGAUGUGCUGUCUCGACAUUACGGAGGGGGGCCUGUCUCAAAGUUGAGCCCUCCUGUUUCCAAAACACCGUACACGUUCUCAGAAGAGGAGGAAGAAAUCAAAGUGUAA